UGCAGGCAAAGCUUUAUGUUUUUGGUAAACAGUGCAUUGAACCGACUUUUCGUGAUAAUCUGCAUAUUCCUCUAGCUGGCAGUAUGCGGCCUGGAAUCGAGGAUAUACUAGACAAGAUUAAUUUUAACGCGCAUGUGCAGUAUAAUUGCGAGAGCACGUAUAAAAGUAGUGAAUGUAGCCUAGGAUACUUUCAUACUGAGUUGCAAGAAGCAUUAGUCCAUGAUGAGUUGCUUACUGUGGAAAUCAGUCACUGUCCUGAGCCUGGUUUGGGCUGUUGGAGGACAAUUGAGUGGAGAUGUGAGGCUGAUAGAUUCGUUUGGUUCAACAGAUACCAGAAUUGGCAGACUGGAGGUCUAUUACAAUGGACAAUGGGGGACAGUGUGUCAGGACAACUUCGGUAUAAAUGAUGCAAGAGUGGCUUGUCGUCAACUAGGUUUCCUAGGUUACAUAGGCUAUGGGGUCGUACGAAAUGCCCUAACAGUGUCAGCAUCCACACCGAUAUGGUUGGACGAGCUUGGUUGCUUUGGAUCUGAAACUAGACUAGAUGACUGCCCACACAAUUCUAUUGGAAUUCAUAAUUGUGAUCGUUCUGACGAUGUGGGAUUAGUGUGUGCAAUAAAUGAAGAUUUGAGACUUGUGAAUAGUUCUGGCACCACUGGGUUAGGUCCCGAUGGUCGACUGGAGUUGUUUUAUAACGGACAAUGGGGGACAGUGUGUGACGAUAGCUUCAGUCCAAACGAUGCAAGGGUGGCUUGUCAUCAGCUGGGGUACGAUGACUAUGCUAAUUAUGGACGAGUAGGAACAUUAGGUUUCUCCCAAUCAUCAUCAACCACUCGGACAUGGCUAGACGAGCUUCGUUGCUUAGGAAACGAGACCAAACUCAUUAAUUGUCCUGCUAACACUAUCGGAGUUGAAGAUUGCACCCACACACAAGAUGUGGCCUUAUUCUGUAUUUCGGAGGGAGACCUGAGGCUGGUAGACAAUUCAGGCCGAACAGGAGGCUCCUCUGGCACUCUGGAGGUCUAUAACAGUGGACAAUGGGGGACAGUGUGUGAUGAUAGCUUCAGUCCAAAUGAUGCAAAAGUGGCUUGUCGUCAGCUGGGGUACGAUGACUAUACUCAGUAUGGACGAGUAGGAACAUUAGGUUUCUCCCAAUCAUCAUCAACCACUCGGACAUGGCUGGACGAGCUUCGUUGCUUAGGAACUGAGAGCAGACUCAUCGAUUGUCCUGCUAACACUAUCGGAGUGGAAGAUUGCACCCACUCACAAGAUGUGGCCCUGUUCUGUAUUUUGGAUGGAGACCUGAGGCUGAUAGACAACUCAGGCCGAACAGGAGGCUCCUCUGGCAGACUGGAGGUCUAUUACAGUGGACAUUAAUUAAGC